ACCAAACUGUUUAAUGUCUUUUGCACAAUAAAACAUUUGAGGGCAACUUUAAAAAUCUUAAAUACUUAGUCAGUUUUAAAAGGAGAUUUUAUUAUUCCAAAACAAUGACGUACUUAUUACAAUAUUGAUAAAAUAAUUGUCAAGUUAUUUGUUAGUUUUUAUUCUAUGUUUGAGUGAAAUUGUGUGCAGAAUCCAACGUAGUUCUUGUGAUUAUAGUUUUAAUGUCAAGUUGGCACAUUUAUACUCCAUGUUCUUAACAAAUAUUUACUUCUCUCAAGGUGAUUGCUAAUUUCCUGUUAAAAUAAUCUUUGUUGUAAAAUAAUUUGUGACUUAUCAAAAUUUAUUAUUGGUUGCAUUUGUGAUAGGCAUAUUUUUUAAUGCUAUUUAUUUUUAUUGAAUAAAAACGAACCCAUUAGAUAUUUGUAUACUUGUUUAGCAAAUGUUAUGUUUGCUUAAAGCCUGUAAUAUUGGGUCUAAUGAACUCAUGACAAGCAGUUAAAUGUAUACACUGUUAUUAUGUAUUAUUCAAUUUGGGAUUAACUCUAACAUUUUGAGAUUAUUUCAGGUUCUUGUAUUUGGCUUUUGGUUGCUACAUUCUUCCGUCUUCCAGUCUCUGGCACACAUAGUAUUGUAGGUGCAACGAUGGGUUUUAGUCUUGUUGUUUUUGGACUCAAUGCUAUUCAAUGGAAAGGACUACUCAAAAUUGUUGGAUCAUGGUUUCUCUCACCUCUUCUAAGCGGUUUGGCAUCUAUCGGAGUAUUUUUCCUGAUGCGUUUUAUGGUGCUGAGAAAAGAAGAUCCUCUUGAACCUGCACUUAAACUUAUUCCAGGUUUUUUCGGCACAGUGGUUCUGGUCAAUAGUUUUUCAAUAUUUUACGAAGGACCUUCAUUGCUGAAAUUCGAUAGGAUACCCCUUUAUGGAAUAUUUAUAAUUAGCUGUGGUUUAGGUAUUAUCACUGUUCUACUUGUGAAGUUUGUUUGGGUACCUUUGGUUCGUCGACAUAUUUUAACUGGAGAAUCGAGUAGACAUAUUUUAAAAGGCUAUUGUUCCCGUAAGAGCAAAAAGAAAUUGUCUGUCGCUGUAGACGAUAAGUAUCAAUCUGUUGAGGAUAAUAAAUCUUCCAAACUUUCAAGCAGUAAUCAUGAAUCGAUUGAUAUGGAUACGUAUGUACCUCGUGCAGAGGGAGAGGCUGUGGUUGGAUUUCGAAACAAUGUUGCCAAAGGAAAUACAGAUGACAAAGACAAACUUGGACGAGUUACUAAUGAAAAUAAUGGUGUAUUGCAGGGAUUAGAAAAUCAAAAUAAAGUUUCAAUUCAUUUCGAAGUGAAACCAAGUAAUCCAGAUGAAACAGUUUAUAAAAGAAAUCAGUUAAAUAAGGUUUUGGAUUAUUCACCAAAUGAUCAAAAUGCCAUCAUGGAUGGUAGCCAUAAUUUAACUAAUGGUAAAAUGAAUGUAUCAUUUCCUCCUAACCUGUCUACAAUUGGUGAAGAACCAGAUCCUAUCGAUUCAGUUAAAGAUCGUCCUGCUGAAGCUCAAGUUUUCUCUUCUUUACAAAUUUUAACAGCUGUUUUUGGAUCAUUUGCUCAUGGUGGUAAUGAUGUAAGUAAUGCUAUCGGGCCGUUGAUUGGUUUAUGGCUUAUUGCCACAACACAAUCAGUUGACUCAUCGAAAACUACAGAUAUUUGGAUUUUGGUUUAUGGUGGUGUUGGUAUAUCAGUUGGUCUUUGGAUAUGGGGUAGACGAGUUAUUCAAACAUUAGGUGAAGAUCUGACGAAAAUAUCACCUUCCAGUGGUGUUUGUAUUGAAAUUGGUUCAGCCCUAACUGUAUUAAUUGCUAGUAAAAUUGGUCUGCCAAUAUCAACUACACAUUGUAAAGUUGGUUCAGUCGUAUUUGUUGGACGUGCACGUUCUAGAGACAAUGUUAAUUGGGGUAUAUUUCGUAAUAUUCUAGCUGCAUGGUUGGUAACCUUACCCGCUGCUGGUGCUAUCUCUGCUUUACUCAUGUAUAUAUUUACAUUUGUAGUAUGAAUUUAGUUUAUUAUUAUAUUAUUAUUAUUAAUAAAUAUUUUAUGAUUAAAAAAUCUGUUUUUAUAAGUAAAAAGAACGAACAGAAUAAACUAAAUCUCACAAAUCAUUAAUGUAACUUCUUGUUUGUAUCCUCAUUCAUUUUGAGCGAACUGAUUGAUUUUUUUCUGCUCACUUCUUCAUUUACCUACUAGAUUUCUAUUGUUUUUGUUUUUUUUUUCGUUCAACACAUCCGCUUGUAAACACAUAUGCACAUACACAGAAUAGAAAAACAUUUACUUUUCUCCCUCGUUAUCAUUACCAUUAUUAUGAACUGAUCUCGUAUUAAUUAGAUAAAUGUUCUUAUUCGUACAAGUGGUGAUGGUUUAUUUAGUUGAUGUUCUGUUUAAAAAUAAAAGUUCCCUUAAUCUCUCACCAUCUUUAUUACGUUCAACGUCUGUGGAAAUAGUACCCUGUUCACCAGUUAACACUGUACACAGUUUACUCACAUACGUACACAUAAACAGAGACAAGGAAUAGUAAAAAGAAAACAGAUUUGUAGCAACAUCCUUUUGAAUUGUAACAUAAAACAUUAUUGUUUCCUUGUAAUUUUGUUUUUAUCAACUAAUAUUAGUGAAAAAAGGUUUUAUUUUUCUAGUUACUACUUCCUUGAUAAGUUGUUUGUUUAAUGAGCAGUUAUUAUUAAUUAUUAAUUUAUGAUGUGAUUCAAUUAAUUAAUUAAGAGAACCUUUGAAAAAUGUUUGUUCGGUUGUUUUUUUUCCCAUGUUUCUUUAUUAAUCAUAUAAACUAUAGGAUAGAUAAAUUGAACUAAUGAUAUCACUUUUUGUAAGAAAUAAAUCUUGGAUUUGUUUCGAUCAAUGAUGAAACGACGUUAAUACAUAGUAAAAUGGUAUUACAUUCACUUUGAACACCAUUAUUUACAGUGGUGUUAUUUUCUCUGAGCUGGAUGGUUUG